AUGGGUAACCCCCUGUCGUCCCCACUAGCCGAUCUCGUCAUGGAGAAUCUGAUGCACGCCGUCGUCAAAAAGCUCGAAUUUCAACCACCAGUGCUCAAGAAGUACGUCGACGACCUGAUCGUAGCGCUUCCCCUGAACAAGUUGAAACACGUCCAAGACUCAUUCAAUAGCUACAGCCAACACAUCCAAUUCACCUACGAGCUAGAAGAAAACAGGAGACUGCCGUAUCUGGACAUGGUAUUGGUCCGCACCGAAGCCCAACAGAUCCGGACGGAAUGGUACCGAAAGCCAAUUUCGAGUGGUCGUUUUCUGGACUUCUUCUCCUGCCACACCACGAGCCAGAAGGUCAAUACAGCUAUGAACUUCAUACAACGUGUAGACAAACUGUCUACCAACUUAAACACUCGGGAAAAAAUGAAGAUCGUGGACAGGGAGCUAGAAAUCAAUCAUUACCCAAAACCCCUUCGGCGUCGACUCAUGAACUGCCAGCUAUGUAACCGUUCCAGCAACGGCAACCAACAACAACAACAACAACAACAAACGCAACAAGCCGAACCGAGCCACCAGCAGACAAACAUCUACUACCGAUCCAUACCAAACAUCCCAACCUUGUCACAAACUAUAGCCAAAACACUCAAGCAGGACUACCCGGAGGUACGGUUAGCUUUCCGCAACACCAACACUGUGGGCUCAAGCUUCUUCAGCAACAUGAAGGACAAGGUGCCCACGGAGAACCACACCAACGUCAUCUAUGCUAUCCCAUGCAACGAAUGUGAGAGUUCGUACAUCGGGAUGACAACAACGCAGCUGAAAACGAGGAUGUCGAGCCACAGAUGCGACAUAAAACGGUUGGACGAGCUGCUACAGGCGGGACACACCACUGACGACUACAAGAUAGCCGAGCUGAGGCAGAAAACAGCUUUGCUCGAGCACAGCAUCACAAAACAACAUUCUUUCGACACAAAAAAAAUACAGAGGGCCUGA